AUGCGUCCUAACAAGUCUCAAGUAAUGCCAGAACUUGUUCAUGGUAUGUUCAAGAUUACCGAGGCGAUACAAGUGCCAGACGACUAUCCUGGAGUCUCCAACAUGAUAUGCACCCAUGCUUCUGCAACAUACGGCGAUGCAUCACAUCCAGUGAGUUUUCGACUCGGCAACGGCGGCGCUGGGCACACUGGCAUCCUUCGCCUGCUCUGCGAAUACUUUAUCGCUUCUCGAGGAGGAGGUUUCUGUAUCGAGUGGGUAGCAAACCACAGUCGACACUCGCAAAUUGCAUUGCUGGGAGACGUGGUCCAAGUAGCUUUGACAUAUGAGCCUGAGUACGAGGAUCUGUCUAUCGCAGAGGGAUGGGCGAAACGAAUGGCCAAAGUGUUCAACGAUCAUUUCGUCCUGGUCGGGCCAGUUUCUAACCCAGCUGGUGUUGACGUUAACGGAGGGAUUGCAAAUGCCUUGAAAGCGAUCGCGAAACAUGAUUCUUUCUUCAAUCACAACCACCAUGAUGGACUCUUCCACACCCGUGGCGAUGGUUCGGCAACGUUCUACAAAGAGUUAGCACUGUGGGAGCUGGCUCACGUUGACGUGUCAUCGACAAAGUCAUGGAGACUCACCAAGCCUGGAACUCCUUACGAAGCCUUGGUGAUAGCAGAUCGCACAGGCGCAUACCUCAUCACCGAUCGAGCAACAUAUCUCACAGCCAAACGUGAUAAAGCGCUGAACAACAUUGUACCCUUUAUUGAGGGCGGGCCGCAACUGCUCAAUCCUUGCUCUGCACUUGUCAAUGUCAAAGCUCCUUGCAACGAGCUGGCUAGAGAGUUUGCUUCAUGGCUGGGGAGUGGAGAAGUUCAGCGAAUGAUACGCAGUUAUGGUCAGAGAUGGCUUUUCGGCUACGAUCUAGGAUUCACGGGAGGUUUGACCAUUGCUCCAGAGUUUCUCAAGACCUUUGGCAACCCGGACCCAUCUCUUCUUGGCUUCCUGGUCUCUUCAUAUGAGAUUGAGCGCUCUUUGGUGCCGUCUUUGUCUUCCUGCUGGGCGAUCGCUGCGGUCGCAGACCUAUCAAAUUGA